AUGGCGACACAGAAACAAGAGUAUGAUGGUCAAUGGUAUCAGAGCUUAAACACCUUGUUCUCCGAGCAACGUAGUCACUACAAGAAGACCACCGGCGAAGAAAUCUGCUUAUUUUACGCUCCUAGCUAUGUAAUCAUCAUCCUCGGCGACGAAGAUGACGACGGCGACGAAGAAGUAAGUAGCGUGUUCAAGGCGUUACCGAAGUUGAAGGACGAGGAUGAUGCUUUAUCAUCAACAGUGGAUUGGCGCUUUUCUCCUAUUGAGAGGAAGGAGAAGAAGAAGAAGAGCGACGAUGAGAGAUCAAUAUCCGUAUCAACUCAACGUGAAAUCUUUGAUUUGAGUGCUAAGGGCCAAUUUGGGUGUUUCAGUGGAAGAUCUCAAGAAAGUGCCAUUGGAAGCGUUUAG